GGGUAAGCCAAAGCUGAAAGGAAUACUUGAGCUCAACUUAGGUUGCAUGUGAAGAAGAUCGUGGGAUGCUCAUGCAUUGCUGCAAUUGUUUCUCAACACAUUGUUUCAAAGACAACAUGAAUCUGACAGUAGGAUUCUAUCACUGAGUGACAUCAGCCUCGACGAUAACGGUACCAGCCAGCAAAAAUAAAACAUGGCUGCACUUAAAGAUAUGGAUGAUACCGGCUGUGCCUACAACCUCUACAAUAGAUUUGUGGAAGUGAUGAUCGUUGUUGGCAUUGAUGAAAACACAGGACUCGUUCCAGCGGACAAAGAUGUAGAACAAAAUAGUGACAGCCUCCUCAUCAACCUGUUCCACCAGGACUAUGAGCCACAGGUCAUUGCUGCAGUAUCCUCAAGUAAAGCCACACACUUCCAGCCAUUCCUGAAAGAGGAUCCCAACUACCCUCCUGUCACUUGUGGUUCUACAGGCAAUUCACUGGACGGAUCAGGAGAACACUUGAGUCUCCCAUCACGUUCCAAGAGUGUACGUGAGGAUCGCACUUGUCGCUUCAGUCCCACCAACACUCCUCUUCUCAAGAGGCACUUUCGACGGACUCAUACUGUCAAUUAUCGCUCAGUCACAAUGACCAACCUGCCCUUGUCAGAAGAAGUUAUUCGUUCUGUUCCUGUGUUCUGUUUUCCAGAAAACGCCAAAGUGUACAGACACAAGCCUGAAAACUCUGUCCAUUUCCUUGUCUUCACGGAUCUGUUUGGCAACAAGACUUUUGCUACAUGUCUCACCUUCUACAAGCCAUAUAUCUUGGAGAAGGAAGAUUCUGAGAAUCUAAACAUGAGUCUUGAGACAAAGAAGACAUGCCUGAGUAACAGCAAGACGCGAGCGUAUCUCCCACAGUGCUGCAUCCUCAUCUCGAAGUACCCCUACUUCUACUCCAUGAAGGAAUGUCUCUCAUGUAUGGUGGAUAAUAUAGAGCGUGAAACAGAAGGAAUGUUUUCCUAUAUGAAGGAGUUCACCUACAUCCUCACGCUGACCCCCGUUCCUCCACCUGGAAAUGUCUCUGUGAUCCUGACGCUCCCGGUCUUCCAGAUGCAGAUGAUCCUGUACCCCUCUGACUGGGCUGACACGCCAGUCAUCGACAUCCCCCUGUACCUCGUCUUCCUUGCCUUCUCCAUAGACAACAUCCUCAAGAUCUUCACCAGCAUCCUCACUGAGGAGCGGGUUGUGUUCGUGUCCUCCAGGUAUGGCCUCCUGGCAGUCAUCAUGGAGAGCUUCCUCAACUUUAUUCUGCCGUUCUCCUGGAGGUUCACAUACGCCCCGAUCCUUUCCAUAUCUUCCUUAGAGCUACUGGAAGCCCCAGGUACCUUCAUGAUGGGAUGUAACAGCAAGCACCUGGAGGUGGUGGAUCAGGUGGAGGGACUAGUGGUUGUCAACAUUGAUGAGGGAACAGUAAAGAUCAACCCAGAACCCUCAGACAAUGGAGGUGUUGAGAAGACUAUCCCUGAUGUACCAGUUGACCCUGCACUGUUCUUCAGGAAAAAGGCCAAGGAUCUUCGCUACCAAACAGACCUCAACGAUGUGCAGAGACCCUUCAGCUACAACCUGAAUGAGGAGAGGAAGUACAGAUCCCGGAAGAUGCACCUGCUCAACAAGCAGAUAACUCAUGCCUUCCUCGAACUCAUGGUCAACCUCUUCAGGGGAGUGAUUCCUGAACUCAAGUUGGAUCUGUGCAAGUUUAAUGUUGAAGCCUUCAAGGAAACAGUUGCUGAGGCAGACAAGCCAUUCUAUGAUAAGGUUCUCCAAACUGACAUGUUCAAAAACUUCCUCUCAGAAAGGCUGAAGGAGAAGCAGGAUUUUUGGUCAGAUUAUGAAGCGAAGACACGGCCUCAAUUUAAAAAGGUUGGAGGCCUCUUAGACAGCUCUACAAAUAUGGCUACAAGAAAGAAGCCCCUGCGUAAACAAGUGUCCAUCUCCAUGUGUCCGUCAGCUGAUCUUGAGAAGGAGUACCAGACCUUCCGAUUGCCGGUGCUCACAAGUGAUGCCCUCUCCUUCCUCCGAGCCAGUAUUGUCUACCUGUCCAAGACCCUGGAGGAAUGCCGGGAUCUUGAACCUCGCGGAUGUUAUCUGUACUUUAGAGGAAUGUUGCAUGCAGCUCAAGGAAAUCCCCAAAGUGCAGUGGAUGACUUUCUCAGCCUACACUCAAUAAAUGCCAGACUGGUGCCUACACAAUAUAUAAGGCAGCUCUUGAGUGGGAUAUCAAAGACCGAUCAAGCCGCCCUGCAUAAGCGACGAGGCAGCUUCCUGCUAGAUGAGCUCUGUUUUCCUAUGGAUGAGGACAGUUUGUCCAGAGAUAGCAAGAGAGUAGUCUACCAUGGUAGUGUGUCACUGCCUGAGAAGGAUGUGGUACUUGAUGAGUUUGUGGAUGCCAUAUCGAUGUUGGAGAUCGCCAACGACUAUGAUACUAUACAGAGGCUCUUCUUCUCCCUCUGUACUUCAGAGAAUGCAGUACCAGUGGUGGACCAGAAGACUCUGGAGAGUUUUGUGGAUUGUCACAGGGAAAGCCAGAUUCAGUGUGACAGCCUGAAGAUCCAAAACAGCAAGCUGCACCAGGACGAGUAUGUGCUCAAGGUAUCUGGGCUAAUCAAGACUGACUUUGGCACCGGCAGGAUAGCCCUCACUGAAAAGAGGUUAUUCUUCCUGAAAGAUGUAUCUAACCGCUACAAGGAAAUAAUAAAGCUGAGAGAUAUCAACAAACUGGAGAAGUCCCAGCUUCACACCUUCCUCAACAAAGUGGAUACGCUUAUAAUACAGAAUAGAGAUGGUUCCUUCAAGUUCACGGCCUGCCUAAAGGAUGAGAGGAACUGCUGGUUUAUGUUGAUUGAGGAGAUGAGGGCAGGGAAAGUUGUUGCCGAGGCAACAAGGGACUUAACUGCAAUACAACAAGGAACAAUCAAUGUGAUGCUCAUCGAUGCUGUCAUUAGAAGUGGCAAUGAAGCUGGAUCGUCUCAUGAGGAAACUGUAACAUCAUCUGCUGAGAAUCUAUGUCACUUCACGAGGUACAUGUCCGAGGGGCGACACAACCUUCCCAAGGACACUGUGGAGGCUCUACAACACAGGGUGGACCCGAAUAUCGGGGACAGAGAUCGGAAAACAGUGGAGGCACUUCUCUACACACCAGGAACUGACAGUCUACACAGGAGAGAGCAGCUGCCGCCACGCCUGUGGUGCGGGAUGGGGGAUGGCAAGGUGAAGGUGUUCGACGCCACAACAUGGGAACUAGAGGGCAAGAUAGUACAGACCAAGAACACCGCAGCCUGCCUGGUGCCAGUCGGGGAGACGCAGGUUUGGGUGGGCUCGCAGGGCAUCUUCAUCAUUGACACCGAGACCAUCAUGUGCAACAAGACGCUGUCCGUACAUCAGGAUCUGGUCACAGAUAUUGUCAUCUCCAAGGAUAAAAGACAUGCCCACUCAGCCAGUGUGUGUGGUUUGAUCGUAAUUUGGGAGAUCCAGACUCUGACACUGCUGAAGAAGUUUCAACUGAACGACAUCACCAGCCUCAGGUCUCUGAAGAUCAUCGGGGACCAGCUGUGGUGUGGAACAUGGAAGAGAAUUGUCGUUCUGAAUCAGAAUGGAGAAGAAAUCGACAGUUUCCGUGUCCAGAGCAGCGAUGGACAUGGGCGAAAUGUGGACCUUGAUUGUUUUGCUAUCACAGAUCAGGAGGUGUGGGCUGGAGUUCGGAGGGAAGGCAUACUGGUGGUGUGGGAUCGACACACAGGUUCACAGAGCGCCACAAUACGACUAGAGUGUAGAGGCAUCAGUACACUGCUGCUGUGUGACAACAAGAUCUGGGUGGGCACGAAGGCAGGGACCGUCUACAUCUACCUCACCAACACCCACCAGCUGUGGAAGUCACUGCGCGCCCAUGACGAUGCCGUGCGCUCGCUGUGCCUCGCUGACAUCCGUUAUGUCAUGAGCGGUGGAGGCAGCAAGGACGGCAAGGUGGCAAUAUGGACGCCAUCAGUCCUUGAGCUGUCAGACAGCUAUGCUGAUAAUCUGUAAUCUGUAAUGUGUAAUGUGUCACACAUUUCAAAAAGAUGUCAAAGCCUGUAUAUUUCAGAUUGAAGAUGCAAGUUUUUGUUAUAUUAAUAUUGCAAACACGAAAGUUCAAAUUCUUGUUUGUUGUUGUCAGUGCAGCAAUCAGUUUAAGAUGGUUGACAUUUUUAUUGGAUAUUCUUCAGGAUAUCCAUAUAUUUAUAAAUUGUACAUCAAGCAUUGUCCAUUUGCUUUGUUGAUUCUGUUUCUGAUUUGAAACUAUUAAUGAUAAUGGCGACGUCAAAGGAAGAAACAAUGCUCAAUUUUUUUGUUUUCCUUUUCAACCUCUUUUAUCGAUGGAAAUAAUGAAUCUGGAAUCUGGAAUGUGUAAUCUGAAGUAUGUGUAGGUUCCUUAGCCAAUCAAAUAUCAGCAUUGUGUAAACUUUUUAAAACAAAUCUGCUUAAUUUCCAAAGUGGUAAACCUUGAUUCUGAUCGAAAGAGAACCCACCCAUAACAAAUAUGUUCCCUCGAUGGUGCACCCUUUCUGGUGUAGAUGCCAUGAUUCGUGCUCAGAAACGACAUGGUGUGUGAAAUAUUCACAACAAUCUAAGUGCAGGCAGAGUGGCACUCAGAAAAGAUGCUCAUUUGAUAUGUAUUGAAAUACACUCCAAAUAAAAAAUUAUCUAACAGGGACUCAUUUCUUAAAAUGUCUAUAAGACUUUGCCCAAAAUGAGGAUGAUUUCAAUGUCAAUUUUUUCUAUAUACACAAACUUACUGUAAAAUCUGAUUACAACGAAGUGUGUUUCAUUCAAAAGUAGCAUUAUUUACAUUGUUCCAAAACAUACUUCAUAAAUGUUAUUUAAUUUAACAAUUAAUUUGAUACUGAAGAGGAAAAUGCAAACUUCUCACUACAACGUCUUCAUAUUUCAUUGUUUCAUGAUUAUAAAGUUAUACUGCUCUAAUAAGUACCCCUUGACCAACUUCAAGAACAAUAUGUGAAUAAUAAACGCCUUCAGAGACUGAAAAUUAACAUGGCAGUCUGCAUCUCUUGCGUA